CCCCUGCCAUGGCGUCUGGGCUGGUGAGGCUGUUGUCGCGUGGAUCUCGCUGCCUCCUGACCCCCGCGGUCCCCCCAAUCGCCCCACCGGUUCGGGGAGUGAAGAAGGGGUUCCGCGCCGCCUUCCGCUUUCAGAAAGAAUUAGAGCGAUGGCGCCUGCUCCGGUGCCCGCCGCCGCCGGUGCGCCGUUCCGAGAAGCCCAACUGGGAUUACCAUGCUGAAAUACAAGCGUUUGGACCUCGGUUACAGGAGACCUUUUCCUUAGAUUUACUCAAAAGGGCAUUUGUUAAUAGCUGCUAUAUCAAAAGUGAGGAGGCCAAGCGGCAAAAGCUUGGACUAGAGAAAGAAACUGUUCUUCUGAAUCUUAAAGAUAAUCAUGAACUAUCCGAACAAGGGACAUCUUUUUCACAAGCUUGCCUCACACAGUUUUUCAAGGAUGCGUUUCCCGACUUGCCCUCGGAAGGCGUUGAAAGCCUCGUUGACUUUCUCAUGGGUGAGGAAGUCGUGUGUCAUGUGGCCAGAAACCUGGCCGUGGAGCAGUUAACUUUGAGCGCGGACUUUCCCGUGCCCCUGGCGGUGUUGCAGCGGACCUUUCUGGCGGUGGUCGGUGCCCUGCUGCAGAGCAGUGGACCUGAGCGGGCUGCACUUUUCCUCCGGGACUUCUUAAUCACUCAAAUGACUGGCAAAGAGCUCUUUGAGAUUUGGAAGGUGGUAAACCCCAUGGGGCUGCUGGUGGAGGAACUGAAGAAAAGGAAGAUUUCAGCUCCUGAAUCUAGACUUACUAGGCAAUCCGGAAGCACCACAGCUUUGCCUUUGUACUUUGUUGGCCUAUACUGUGAUAAGAAGUUGAUUGCAGAAGCACCUGGGGAAAGUGUCCUGGUUGCGGAAGAAGAAGCUGCACGAGUGGCACUUCGGAAACUUUACGGCUUUGCUGAGAACAGGCGGCCCUGGGACUAUUCCCAGCACAAAGCAAAUCUAGGAGCAAAGGAGACCAUCAGAGCCGAAGCUGCGACCGCCUGAGUGUGUGAGCAGCACCGCGGGUGAAGGCCCUGAGCCACAGCUGGGCGUUCUGACAUUGCACUGAGGCCUGAAGUUAAAGACUUACUCAUCCAGCCACACGUUGUUUGCCUUUUUCUUUCUGAUUAGUUUUGUCAAAGUUUUUGGACAUCUCUGAAAAAAAUUUUUGGGAAAUCCUUGAUUUGUAACUGUGUAACUUGUACCAUUAGGUGUACAUAAUCCCUUCUAGCUUUGAGGUGUCAUUAGUUCAAUUUAUGCUUGGUGUGAAUUUUGCUGGAAUACUAAUA